AUUGAGCCUAAAGGCUCUCUCAACGGUACAAGGCAGGAUAAAAUUACUGCAUGUGUAUUUAAAAUGUUACAUAUCAGAUGUUUGGAGAGAUGGCCAGACCGCUCAAAUUUCCGCAUUCUUGGGAUUGAUGCAGUUUCUCCUGUCCACCUAGGAACUACUCCGCAGUGGUCAACAGGUCCAACAAAAUGCGUUGAAAAAGAUCGCAAUCUGAUCAAGUGUCGUUGCUAACCCCAAUAAUUCUAUCUCAUUUUGCUCCCUCUUUCCUCUUCGCAGCCAUCCUUAUUGAUCGGUGAGAGUUAUGCGGACCCCUACCCACCUGCCUCGGGCCUUCCCCACAAAUCCCCGCAUCCUCUGUCUUCGGCCGAGAGUUUCCUGCUCCCAGGUUCUUUCUUCUAUUAGAGUCACUCGAUUGAACAGUUCGAAAUCAGGAAGCCAUGCUGGUGGGAAUCAGAGCGAUGCCUCAAGCUCCGAGUCCUCUUCCAGGAACUCAUCGAGCUGCUGGGUUUCGAGUCAAACGCUACUGGCUUCUGCCAUUGCUGCUGGCGUUAGUUAUGGAAUCGCCGUCUUAAACCGGCCCCCUCAAUCGAAAAAAUCAGGUCCCCCACAAUAUGGUUCUACGCAAGACUUCGAAAAGGCCAUCGCUGAAUUACGAGCCAAGCUAGGCGAUGGUGCGAUCAGCACCGAACAGGAGGACCUCCUACGACACGGGUUUUCGGAGUGGUCCAGUAUAAAUGCUGAUCGCCUUCCGGUCGCGAUUGCCUACCCAACUAGCACAGAGGAUGUUUCGGAAAUUGCAAAGGUUUGCAGCAAAUACAAGAUGCCAAUGGUGCCUUACUCUGGCGGUUCAAGUCUUGAAGCAAAUUUCGCGGCUCCUCACGGCGGUAUGACAAUUGAUUUUGCAAGCAUGAACAAGAUCCUGGAGCUACAUGAGGAGGACCUGGAUGUUGUUGUUCAACCAUCCAUUCAGUGGAUGGAUUUGAAUGAGAAGAUCAAGGAUAGCGGGCUUUUCUUUCCCGUCGAUCCUGGCCCGUCUGCGAUGAUAGGUGGUAUGAUUGGAACAAAUUGCAGCGGGACAAACGCUGUGCGGUAUGGAACCAUGAAGGACUGGGUAAUUAACCUCACGGUUGUUCUGGCUGACGGUCAGAUAAUGAAAACGCGCAAACGCCCGCGCAAGACCUCCGCCGGAUACAACCUGACGGGAAUGUUUGUAGGCUCUGAAGGAACACUUGGUAUCGUCACUGAGGCGACGCUUAAACUAGCACCGAUUCCAGAAGAGACCCGGGUCGGUGUGGUUGCCUUUCCUACAAUGCGUGACGCGGCAUCUACUGCUAUGCAGCUGAUACGGAAAGGAAUUUCUGUUCAGUGUAUGGAGAUUCUAGACGACGUCCAGAUGGAUGUCAUCAACAGGGCUGGCGGCACCUCGAAGACAUGGAAGACAUUACCAACAUUGUUCUUCAAGUUCUCUGGAACAACCGCUGGUGUUGCUGAUAGCAUCAACUUGACGAAGAAACUGGCUAACAGCAAUAACGCUGAUUCGUUUGAAUUUGCAAGGGAUGAGAGGGAAGCGCAUGACCUGUGGUCUGCAAGAAAACAAUCUCUGUGGAGUAUGAUGGCGCUGAGGAAAGAGGGAUCAGAGGUAUGGUCAACUGAUGUCUCAGUUCCGAUUUCAAGGCUCGCAGAUAUUAUCGAGAUCUCGAAAAAGGAGAUUGACGACCUGGGGAUAUUUGCUAGCAUCCUUGGGCAUAUUGGCGAUGGGAAUUUCCACUCUAGCAUGAUGUAUAACCCCAAGGAUCCUGAUGAGAGGAAACGGGUUGAGGAGGUUGUGUACAAGAUGGUUGAUCGAGCGCUUGAGAUGGAAGGAUCUUGCACAGGCGAACAUGGUGUUGGACUGGGUAAAAAGAAUUCUCUCAAGAAGGAGCUUGGGCCUUGCACUAUUGGUGUUAUGCGUAGCAUCAAGCAAGCACUUGAUCCCGACUGGCUACUAAACCCGGGGAAAAUAUUUGAUUUCCAAGACGAACAAUAGCGAGCGAUGCCCUAAGUUAGGCUAUACGGAGUAUAGAAGUUGCAAUAUUAGACGAAAUUGGGGAUCCAGAACAGGUACUAAUUUAUAUCUUACCGAAUGAAUUCCGACUGCCACACUUGUAUCCUUUUAUACCUUCAAUCAACAUCAG